AUGGUGCGCCAAACACCAGCUCGUUCCGCAAGGAGCCGGGUGGCGCCCGCUCGUCAACCAAAGCGCCAGAGACAGACAGAUGGUCAUGCUCCAGAUGUCUAUCAGGAACUGUUGGAGGAGGCUGAAGCCAGAGAUCCCGGGCAAUUUGCUUCAGACAGACCAAUCAAGAAGCGCAAGGCCGGGGAUAUGAAAGCUAUCCCUGUGGGGUUAGGGGCCUCGGAACAAACACAUCAGGGCGCAGAAGCAAACAAACAUAGCACCCAACCAGUGCAAACCGUUUACGAUUCAUCGACAUCAGAAGAAUCAGACGUUGACUGGGAAGAUGUCGAAUUACAGAAACCGCCGCAGUCAUUGCUGAGUAGACAAUUUGCGUCUCAAGGCGACGACGAGAUGCUCCAGAUCACACUAGAGCAAGAACCUGAAAGGCACAGAAAAGCAGUCCAAAGAAGGAAGCCCUUAAAUGGAGCCGAGAGAAAAGCCAGAUUGGAUGUGCACAAAUGUCAUAUUCUUUGCCUUCUUGGCCACGUUCAGUUGCGCAACAUGUGGUGCAAUGAUGAGGAAUUACAGGAAUUCCUGAAGAAGACACUGCCUAGGAAAGUAGUCGCUCUUCUACACCCAGGCGAGGAUAAACCACAUUAUAGCAGAUCCACCACGUUUAUGGACGGUCUCAACCAGGCUGGAGAUGCCUUCGCAAGCAGAUUUCGGGUUACCAGACCAGGAAUGAAACGGGCUCACUGGGCGGAAGAUGAAUCGCAAUUGAAGCAGAAAUUGGAGGCAAUCAUGUCCAACGCUGAAGUCUUUUUAUCUAAACGGGAUUUUCGAACACAAGCAAAGACAAUGGAAGGUUCCCGUGACUUCGGGGCUCAGCUAUUCUGUGCCCUAUUGCGGUCUGUAGCUGUAGAGGCGAGACUGGUUUGCUCAUUGCAACCCUUGCCGUUUUCUGGCACUUUGAAAGACAUGACGCCGUCUAAACCAAAGCAUCAAUAUAUCGUGAUAUCCUCAGAUGACCCUGGAUCGUCAACAGAUGAACGCAGCAAGAGCGAAAAAUCACCUGCAGCUUCAAGGCCUCGACGCAUUGGACAGCCUAAAUUCACCCCCUCGCGUCCUCCUCAACCAAAGUUCCAUUCAGUUCCAAUUCCGACACCGCGAGACUCGUCAUUUCCAGUGUUUUGGGUGGAAGCUUUCAACGAAGCUGCACAGAAAUGGGUUUCAAUUGACCCUCUCGUAACAAAAUCCCUUGCAAAACCUUCGAAAUUUGAACCGCCUGCGAGCGAUUCGUUAAAUUUGAUGAAUUAUGUGGUUGCUUUCGAGGAUGAUGCCUCUGCAAGAGACGUCACGCGUCGCUAUGUAAAAGCAUUUAAUGCAAAGACGCGGAAACUCCGCGUGGAAACCACACAGAAUGGCGAGGAGUGGUGGGAUAAUGCUCUAAAGGCCUAUGAAAAGCCUUUCUUAGAGGAUCGGGAUGAGGCAGAGAUCAGUGAACUAACAUCCAAAUCAGCCGCUGAGCCCAUGCCACGCAAUAUCCAGGACUUCAAGGACCAUCCCGUCUAUGCGCUUGAGCGACAUGUCCGUCGCAAUGAAGUGAUCCAUCCCAGACGCGUCAUUGGGCAUGUGGGGUUGGGAAAAAGCACAGCACGGAGUGAGACAUCAGAACCCGUUUAUCGUCGAUCUGACCUGCAUACUGUGCGAAGCUCCGACAAAUGGUAUCGCCUUGGGCGGGAUGUCAGAGUUGGCGAGCAGCCUCUCAAGCGUGUUGCUGCAAGCCGAAAUAAGGGCGGAGGCUUCAGUGACGAUGAAGAUGAAAACGAGCCCCAAGAGACUACACUUUACGCUGAGUUCCAGACAGACAUCUACGUUCCACCACCGGUGGUUCAGGGAAGAAUCCCGAAGAAUGCAUAUGGAAACCUCGAUGUCUAUGUGCCCAGUAUGGUUCCGCCUGGCGGAGUUCACAUCAAGCGGCCGGAGGCUGCUCGAGCUGCUCGAAUUCUUGGCAUUGACUAUGCCGACGCAGUCACUGGAUUUGACUUUAGAGGCCGUCGUGGUACGGCUGUCCUCGGGGGAAUUGUUAUUGCCGUCGAGUACCAGGAGGCGCUCGAGGAAGUUUUGCGGGGUCUCGAAGAUGAAAGGCGAGAUGCUGCACUGGAGGCAAGAACCGUGGAGGCUCUGCGGUUCUGGCGGCUCUUUUUGAUGAAGCUUAGGAUUGCAGAAAGAGUCAAGGAAUAUGCUGGCGAUGACGAAAUGGAUGUCGAAGAUGCUAGUGGUGGUUUCUUUCCUGAACCAGACCAACCAGCCAAUAGCCCGCCUCCGAAGUUUCUGGGAAAGGGUAAAACGGUACUUGAUCAGCAUUAUCCCGAAGACUAUACAGAAAAUGAAAUGGAACCGUCAUUGGGCGAGGAGGAUUAUACCCCUGGAGGGGGAUUUCUGCCCGAUGAUCGUGAUCCAGCUUCGGACCCGGUGGAACCUGCAAAGCCUGCACCUUUGACCAUCAACCGGACAUCGAUUCCUGAGGGUAUCACCAGAAACAAAGCAUCAAAAAUGCCUCGCUACUCACUGGUGGUUGUCCCAAACCACGACUUAAACCCGACCUCCGUACCCCAAGUCCUCGCAGGAUCAUCUGACAAAGUUCCUAUCGCAGUAGAUUCAUCCACUGGCUCCAAAUCCACAAGUGUGGUCACUAUCUCCCGGCCACCGUCACCGGUGCCUAACUAUGAUUCUGAUAGCGAGAUCGAGAAGGGAUCUUUGCUUUCUGAGGAUCCUGAAGAUGAGGAUGCAAUUCCCGAAUGGCUGAUGUCCGAUGAGGGCUAG